AUGGCUAUGUCCGGAGAUCUCGAGCGCGUCCCUUCAUCUCCACCUAAGCUUCCGCCAUCCAGCUCAGCUACUCUAUCUGCAAGCUCGUCUUCUGCAAGCUCAUCCCCUGCUCCAUCACGAUCAGCGCCUCUUCAACACCUCGUGCAAACCCCCGCGCACCUUCCAGGCAAUAUGGAGGCCCUACAGAUGGCCAAGCGCUCCACAGAAGUCAUCAAAUUCGCAAGAAUGGAGCGCGCACGCCAAGCUCGCAUCUACUCGCAAACCCGCGGUAUAAUGCGUGUACGCACAGAGAAGAUGUUCGCGCACGCCUCGCGCGACUACCAGCGACAUCAGUACGCUCCAACGCAGCGCACAGAGUCCGCAUUGCGUAGGCGUCGCUAUAGUGUCGACGUCAGUACUGGCGUUGAAAAGCGUAAGGCAAAAAAAAUAUGCAAGCUCAACGAGAAGGCUGAACAACAAACCCUCGAACUCAUCACACCCUCCAGUUCAGUCCUUCCCUUCCCCAAACCCCGCCGUUACAUCGAGCUCAACAAGUUCUGGCACUGCCCAGUUCCUUUCGACGACGCGAACUACUUUUACGUCGAUGGGAAUCCAAUCACCAACAAGCAAUUCCUCAACAUCACGUGCACCUCUGGCAUGGACUCGUACCUGGAAGAUAAUGCCCUGGACAUGACGCUCAACACGCUCUCUAUUGACAAGAACUGCGCUAGCAACGGCAUCCAGAUCGCAACCUCAAUUGAAGCGCAGGUGUGCGCCUACCGUGAUCCAGCGGGUAAAGAGGCAUAUGCCCGGGCCUUUGGCGAUAAGAAGUGGAUCUUCCUCCCCGUCAACGACGCCAUUGGAGAACCCAAGGACGUCGAAUUGAUGGGUGCCCACUGGUCGCUUGUCGCGCUGGACCGCGUGCACAAGCGCAUGCACUACUACGACUCGGCGUUCAUGGCAGACGUCCGGUUUUGGGAGGCCGCGUGCUUUGUCGCGCAGGGCAUGUUGACCAUGCUGGACGAGAACGUGCAAGAAUGGGAGUUCUACCGUGAAUGGCAGACUCCAAACCAGUUCCGCGACAAUCAGUUUCGAGACGCGGAGGGAAACUGCGCAGAUGACGGUGCCUGCGGGCCGUUCGUUUGGAGCAUGACAGCUACGUUGACUGAUCAUAUUCUGCAAGCCCAGUGGGCUGGCCAGGAGGAUAGCUGCUCCUUGGGUCUGGACACAUACCAGGACUUCCCUGCGCGGUGGGGAAGUUGGUGGCACUCGCAACAUAUACGCAAGACGAUCCAGAACCGCAUCGACGGCCGAACUUCUGGACGCGCCUCUGCUUGGCUUUAA